GGGCGGGCUCAGACUCAGGCAGUGCACACACACCCUCUCUGCACAGCCCACAGUCUGGUUGAGUCAGGCAAGUGGCAGCAUGUGAGAGUAUGUGCUUGGAGUCCGCCUGAGCCCGGGAGACUGAUGCAAGGAUUUCCCUCUUUUUCUCUUGAAGAGGACACUUGCUGCUUGUGCUUUURGUAACCACAGGGAAUUAGGUGGGACCUUCACAGGAAAACCAGGGAGCUUAAAGGAAGGACAAACCAACAUCAAUCUUUAUGCGGCUUCUGAUAAUGGGGUUGGUUGAAGAYCACGUUACACUGAUGUGGGGAAAAUGGUGAUGCUGCUGCUUAAUCACAGUUAAAUCAUGGGGAACGUGGAGAGUCAGAAUGGCGACAGUAAUUUUUAUGGCGAUGGAGCAGGACGUCUCUCCCGCAAGCACACAUCCCGCUCCCUCCACCUCCCCAACAAGCAGCUGGUCACCCGUCGCCAGAAGCACGCCUCGGCGGGGAAACCGAAACACAGGAACUCGGAAACCUCCACCCGCUCCUCCAGCACGCCGAGCAUCCCGCAGUCCUUGGCGGAGAGCGGACUGGAGUUGUACAAUGCAGGAGACGAGCUGGGAGACUUCCGCCUCAACCCCCACUGGACACAACGCGUCGCGAUGACGAUAAGGCCGGACUCCUACCAGCACGAGGAUGAACCUUUGGCCACACCGACCCCUGAAACCUCAGAGGCCGACACCAUUGCUCAGGAUGGAGGCGAGGACUCRAUGGGGGAGGAAGAUGGCAUAGAGGAGGGAAAAUACCUUCAGCAAAUGACAGAAGACCCUCGGGAUGGAGGRAACUUUAAAAAGAAGAGGUCAAAGUCGGCAGAUAUGUGGAGAGAAGAUAGUGUGGAGUUUUCUCUGUACGACCUGAGCCAGGGCAAACUGACCAGCACCGAAGACAUGAUUGAUGGAGGAGAGGAAGAAGAGGAGGAGGAGGAGCAAUUAGCAUGUCCCAGAGGCAGCACAGGCUCAGCUGAAAGGGCUUCGUCUCUGGACCAUCUGUGCAGCCAGAAGAGUCCUGGCCUGCAGGGCCAGAGGAGCCGCCACGUUAAAAACCGCAGGGAAGCCGAGUGCGUCGGACAGGGAGACGGGGUGAGCGAGUUGUUGUCUCCGAGCGAGGAGGACGGUGGAGGGUAUGCUGCAUUCACGCUCCCGUGCCGUCGCUCUCACUGCCUUUCCGAGGGGCUGUUGGGGCUGGGGUCCCCUGCUGCUCCGUGCCCAGCCUUCCAGGGAAGACGUGCACAAACUACCCAGGACAUCUCAGGUGUCCUGGGAGAUGGAAGUGAAUAUAGCGACAGCGGAAUCGAUGGCAUUGUCACAGAGAUGGAUGCGGACGGAGACCUGGUCUCCCGGAGGUGUAAAGCCAUGUCGGCCUCUUUCUCGGUCUACUCCGCUAUCGAGAGUGGCGUUUUCAAUGGGAGUGACAGCGGGAACAGCAGCGCCGGGGGAGGCGAAGGAAGAGCCGGCGAAGGAGGCAGGGGAGGGGUGUAUGAGAACUUCCGAAAGGAACUGGACAGCCCACUUUGGACAAAUCAGGGCCGAGACUGCAUGGAGGAGGCCAGCUCUGCUGUCAGCGAUGAGCAGAGCAGCGGCACGCUCAGCAGCGCCUACCCGUCUGAGUCUGUGAUUGGCUACGCCCAAGGCACAGUCAGGAAAGCUGGGGCUUUGGCGGUGAAGAACUUCUUGGUUCAUAAGAAGAACAAGAAGGUGGAACUUGCAACUAAGAGAAAGUGGAAACAGUACUGGGUGUCUCUGAAAGGCUGCACACUUUUCCUGUAUGAAUCAGAUGGUCGCUCAGGCAUCGACCACAACAGUGUUCAUAAACAUGCACUGUGGGUGGAGAACAGCAUCGUCCAGGCCGUGCCUGAGCAUCCCAAGAAAGACUUUGUGUUCUGCCUCAGCAACUCGGUGGGAGACGCUUUUCUUUUCCAGACAUCAGGCCAAACGGAACUGGAGAACUGGAUCACGGCGAUCCACUCGGCRUGCGCCACCGCCCUCGCUCGACAGCACCACAGGGACGACACCGUKCGGCUGCUGCGAACGGAGAUCCGCAAGCUGGAGCAGAAAAUCGACAUGGAYGAGAAAAUGAAGAAAAUGGGAGACAUGCAGCUGUCCACGGUCACUGAUGCCAAGAAGCGGAAGACCAUCCUUGAGCAGAUCUUCUUGUGGGAGCAGAACUUGGAGCGGUUCCACAUAGACCUCUUCCGCUGCCGCUGUUAUCUGGCCAGUCUACAGGGCGGCGAACCCCCCAAUCCCAAACGCCUCCUGGGUUUCGCUUCACGUCCCACCAAAGUGGCCAUGGGUCGCCUUGGCAUCUUCUCAGUGUCUUCCUUCCACGCACUGGUUUCUGCUCGUACCGAAAGCAGCAUCAGGAAGCGAAACCAGGCCUUGCCUCGUACCUUCAGUAAACGCCGCAGCCGCUUCUCGUCCCUCUGGGGUCUGGACACCGUCUCUAAGAGGAAGAGCAAAGCACAUCCUUCAAUUGACCAGGUGUUUAAAGAUCAGAUAGAACCCACGAGCAAACCCAUGGAGAGCAUGUUUGAAGAUGCUGAAGAAAACAGAAGAGUCAGUGAAAAAUAGUCCCAACCAAACUGUGGAUAGUGAUAUUUGGGUUCCCGAUCACCUGAAACCGUCCUGGGUGUGUCUGCCGAACAAUCAGCCCGUCCUGGCUGUUAUACAGCCUGGUGAAACAGCAACGGAAGUCCUGAGAUCCAUCUGUAAGGCCCAUCAGAUCGACCCCUCUGGCCAUUACCUGCGUGUGAAGGUUUGGGUUGACAACCAAACCCUUUAUUAUGUUCCCAAAUUUGAGGAGGACAUCUCUGACUUUCUCUACAAGGAGAUUGAGAUUUGCCACAAAGCUACCAAGGUGAUUCGUUUUGACAAAACCGAGUCCAACACCAUCGGACAUGGUUUUUCUGUGGCAGUUAUUGAUGAGGAUGGGGUGCAGCAGCUUCAUAUUACCGAGGUGAAAGCAGGGGGACUGGCUUCAGCCAAAGGUUUGAAAGCAGGGGAUGAGAUUCUGUUCCUCAAUGGGAAACCUGCGUCUGACCUGGAGAUGGAUGAUAUGAAGGCUGCGUUUGCAGGUCAUACGCUCACUUUGAGUGUCAGCACUGUGCCUGAGCUGGACCCUAAAGUUCUCUGCUCAUGUCCGCCUCGGCGCUCUGAUGGGGAACAGGACACAGCCACGGAUAUCUUUUCCCAGAGCCAAGAGGACAUCCUGGAUGAGGUGUCAGGUUUGACUGUGGAGAGCCCGGAUGAGAGUUUAGAGGAAGAACCCCAGCUGAGCCCCCGAGAUCAUCAGGAAGACAGAUCCUUCGCAGCAGCCAGCCAGAAGAGCACGGAGCAGGUUACSGCUUUUUGCCGCAGUCUUCACGACAUGAAUUCUCCCGAUUGUCCCAUGUCGUCCUCUUCGUCGUCCUCUUCGUCRUCUCUGUCGCAGAGUCCUGUGUCGGCUUUGCCUUCGACGGCAGGCGCUGGGACUCAAAGACAGCUCUCAGAUGCAGACAAACUGCGCAAGGUCAUCAGUGAGUUAGUGGAAACAGAGAAGACUUAUGUAAAAGACCUGCGCUGUCUAAUCGAGCGCUACUUGACACCUUUACAGAAAGAGAGCUUCCUUACACAAGAUGAGCUGGACGAUUUGUUYGGAAACCUCGGAGAGAUGGUGGAGUUUCAGGUGGAGUUCCUGCGGACGCUGGAAGAUGGWAUCAGACUGGUGCCUGAUCUGGACAGACUGGAGAGGGUUGAACAGUUUAAGAAGGUGCUGUUCUCUUUGGGUGGUUCAUUCCUCUAUUAUGCUGAUCGCUUUAAGAUCUACAGUGCUUUCUGCGCCAGCCACACCAAAGUCCCAAAGGUCCUGGCUAAAGCUAAAACUGAUCCAGAUUUCAAAGCUUUCCUGGCUGAGAGAAACCCCAGACAGCAACAUUCAUCCACUCUGGAGUCUUACCUGAUCAAACCCAUCCAGAGAGUCUUAAAGUACCCUCUCCUGCUGAAGGAGCUCUACUACCUCACUGACCCCGACAGCGAAGAACACUACCACCUGGAUGUUGCAAUGAAGGCCAUGAACAAAGUUGCCAGUCACAUCAAUGAGAUGCAGAAGCUUCACGAGGAGUACGGCACUGYGUUCGACCAGCUCAUCAGUGAACAGACUUCAGAUAAAAAACAGGUUCUUGACCUCUCGAUGGGGGACCUUCUGUUGCAUUCGACCGUAGUGUGGAUGAACCCUCCAGGCUUUUUGGUCAAAAGCAAAAAGGAUGUUGAAUUAGCAGCUUUUGUUUUCAAAACAGCUGUUGUGUUUGUGCACAAGGGUGGCUCAAAGCACAGGAAGAAAAUUGGGGGAACUCAUCGCUCUCACUCCACCGUGUGUGAUGACAGAGAUUCUUUCCGCUUCCGUCACAUGAUCGCAACAGAAUCUCUGCAAGUCCACACCUUACCAAACUCUGAAGUCACAGCAGUUUGUGAAAUAGUCCACACAAGGUCUGAAUCUGAAGGAAGACCAGAGAGAACCUUCCAGUUAUGCUGCAGCUCUCCAGACAGCAAAAAAGACUUGCUGAAAGCAGUCCACUCCAUCCUUAGGGACAAGCAACGCCGCCAACUUCUCAAGACRGAGUCCUUGCCUGCCACCCAGCAGUACGUCCCAUUUGGUGGCAAACGGCUUCGCGCCCUUAAAGGUGCUCGACCUGCCAUGAACAGAGCAGCAACCGCUCCAUUCCGAACCCUGGCUCACAGAAAACUGGUGAGGAACCGCAUCACCAUUGAUACCGACCUAGUUUUCCACGGCGACAACAACAACAGCURCAGCGACACCAACCCCUCCCAGCACACAUCGUAUUCUUCCUCCAGCUCGCCCCUCUUCCAUCGUGAAGCCCAUAAACCUCAAGGAGAGGACACGGACCGCUGGGUGGAGGAGCAGUUCAACCUGGGCUGUUAUGAAGACCAAUGCGACGGAGCUGACGUGAAGCAGGUGAAGGAGACGGACAUCUUGAGCGACGACGACGAGUACUGCAAGUCUGUUCGUUCCGUGGUGCUGGAACCGGACCCCCUGGAGGAGAAGAUGGGAGGCCUGAACCUGCAGAGCAGAGUGGUGAACGGACAGGUAGAGACGAGGAGUGAGAUUGACUCUGGUUCUUCAGAUUCUUGCACUCCCUGUAGCCUUUCGGCCUCUCGAACUUCCACUGCGAAGCUUGUCCCUUUAAAGCAAUGUGCCGUGGAGGGGGCCACAGACCAGGACCACAAUGUAAUCUGGGUGCGACGAGAUGACUUCAACAGCAGAUGUAACAGUGACGUCUUCUGACGGGAUGUCGUGGAAGAUAAAAUGAAGAGAGGCAGGAAAAAAAUGUGGCGUCUUCCAGAUUUCAAAUCAAACAAAUUUGGGGGAAAAUUGGAUACAAGCUUUAAAAUAAUGUGUAAAKUUCUUUUUAACAGUAACAACAACCUGACGACUCCCCCUGUUUUUGACAAUCCUAAAGUCCUGCAACUCCCAGUGGGUUAAAAAAAACACAUCCUCUGCUUCAUCUUCUAAACUCGAGAUUCUCAGCCAGAGCUGCUUUCUUUAAAAGAGAGGGCUUUCUUGCUUUAACCACGAGCAUUUCAGUGACGACAGCACUGCAUGUAAAUGAACACGCAUGUGUGUGCGUUUAUAGUACACAGACACAGCUACUGUCCAAGACACGAGAAACAUCAUCACCAAAUCUCUGGCCUAAAUGUUUAUUUUUCAACACAGGAAUAAUGUGGGUGUUAUAUUUUUCWGACUUUGCUGCUUUUUGUAGUAUUUUAACACUCAAGGGCUGUGAGUUAUGGAAAUUCUCUUCAGGGGCUUGUGGCUUAAUGACAGCUGUGAUAAAGACGGUGACAUUUAA